CGAGAGGGCGUAAAUUACCCUGUUUCUCGCUUUGUGAAACCCGUCCACUUGUCCUUUUCGUUGACCGACUAACCAUAAGUCGUAAUGGCGGCUAUCGCAUCAACUGAGACAUGGGAUGAGCCUGCUGUAGGGCCUGUUGUGGCCGAAGCUCCUGAAGUUAAACUCUUCGGGCGUUGGAGUUGUGACGAUGUACAAGUCAGUGACAUAAGCUUGACUGACUAUAUUGCUGUGAAGGAGAAGUAUGCCAAGUACCUUCCACAUAGUUCUGGUAGAUACGCAGUGAAAAGAUUUCGUAAAGCACAAUGUCCAAUUGUAGAGCGUCUUACAAACUCUAUGAUGAUGCAUGGAAGGAAUAAUGGCAAAAAGUUGUUGACAAUGAGGAUAGUAAAACAUGCAUUUGAAAUUAUCCAUUUACUCACAUCAGAGAAUCCUCUACAAGUCUUAGUGAAUGCCAUUAUCAACAGUGGACCACGUGAGGACUCCACACGUAUUGGCCGUGCUGGAACAGUCAGACGUCAGGCUGUGGAUGUGUCGCCUCUGAGGAGAGUUAACCAGGCAAUCUGGUUAUUAUGUACGGGUGCACGUGAAGCAUCUUUCCGUAAUAUUAAGACAAUUGCUGAAUGUCUGUCUGAUGAGCUGAUAAAUGCAGCCAAGGGUUCAUCCAACUCUUAUGCCAUCAAGAAAAAAGAUGAGUUGGAACGUGUGGCCAAAUCUAACCGUUAAAUACAUACUUGCAGCAUCCGAAGAAUUGAGCUCUUUAACUGUUAUGUAUUUUCGGCAAGAGUAAAUAAAUAAGUGCCACCAAGAA